GGACAUAACGCUGCUUCAACGCUUCCUUUACAUGGAAUAGAACUAUUGUACUCUAGCGCACUCUGUUACAUUCUAUUCUCUGCUGUAUCCGAACGCUUCUUCUUUUUUACCGGGUAAAGCGGAUGAGGCGAAAAGUGAAAUGAGAUACCACGUUAUGGCAAAGUCAAAAUGAAAUUAAAAAAAGUAGAACUUAUGACAGAUUUGAAAUUAUGAGAUGCUAAAAAUCAAUUAUGAAAAUUAUUAAAAACGAUGACAGUCAAAAUUAUGAGACAAAAAGGUCUUAUUAUGAGGUACUAAGUUAACUUUGACGUACUAAGUCGUAAUUAUAAGAUUUUAAAAUAAAUUACAAAAAGGUUUUAUCGCAUGCUUAUCUCAUAUGUUUAUAUAUUAUUAUUUUUCUGCUGAUUUUUGGCGCACAGUCAAAACCGGUGCAGGUUUUGAGAAGUUGCGAGGAGACGGAUUUUAUAUAAAAUUGUGUUUUAGGCAAGGAUUCAAUACUUUCUGAGGAUGUCGAACAUUGUAGGACAUUUCAGAGCAACCUGUCACCCGAGAGUGUUGUCAAAAGACCCGGUACUUCGGUAAAAAAAAAAAAAAAAAAAAAAAAAAAAAAAACAUGAAAACACGGUACCAAGUGUUCUUUAAGAUGUACCGAGUACCGGCUCAACCCGCUUCUUGACGCACGCCCUCGCGAUGCAGAAAACGCGGACGGAAUCUUGGAAUCCGGUUUUAAACGACCUCCGCAAACAGGAGGAGACUGGGGAGCUCACCCUGCCGGUUCUCUUUGUGCUGCUGGUCCUGGUGUCCGUGUUGCUGUACUUUGCAGUGUCGCUCAUGGAUCCCGGUUUUGUCCUGUCUGACGAAUGUGACGUGCAGUUCACGCUCGGUAUCGCAGAAGAAACACAGGAUAUGAUUCCACAGACCACAAAGUCCAUACGGCUCCGGCGCUGUGGGCACUGUCUGGUGCAGCAACCCAUGAGAUCCAAACACUGCCAGACGUGCCAGCACUGCGUGCGGCGCUACGAUCACCACUGCCCCUGGAUAGAGAACUGCGUCGGGGAGAGAAACCACCGCUGGUUUGUGCUUUAUCUGGCAGUGCAGCUUGUCGUCUUACUCUGGGGGCUGUACAUGGCCUGGUCCGGCUUCAGUCACGCUCCCACCUGGCAGCUGUGGUUGAGGACCAACGGUGUGCUUCUGGGAGCAGCGGCCGUGGUGGCCGUCCUAUCCCUCACCGUGCUUCUCCUCCUGGGCUCUCACCUGUACCUGGUGUCGCUGAACACCACUACAUGGGAGUUCAUGUCUCGACACAGAAUCUCUUACCUCAAGCACUGCGGUGCAGACGAAAACCCCUUCGACCGCGGAACCCUGCGCAAUCUCUGGGGCUUCUUCUGCAUUUGGGAACCGGUGGUUUGGGAGCAUGUGUAUUUCAAGCAAAGCAACGAUCCCAUUUAAUUCCCUCGGAGUCACGACUGCCGUGACAAAUAACCCAGUAGAUGGAAGUCAGUGUUUUGGUGGAAAUCGCUCCUAACUGCAUCUGCAGAACAUCUAAUCUACUUUUUCCUUGUGAAUGACCCAUUACGUUUUGAAAAAGCGAUUUUUAAGUGCAUGAACUUUGUAGUUGCAAUGAUGUUUGAAAAAGUGUUAUGAAAUAGGAUGGAAUGAGCAUUUUUAUAAAAGGUGUUUUGUGAGUAUUUUGCCCACAUAGAACUUUGACGAUUCGUUUGUGCUGAUUUUGCACAUUUUAACGCAGAACAAAAAGCACAAAAUCACAGUAACGUUUUAAAAUGUGAAUUGUGGUUUCCCAUUAAUGCAAUACAUAGAUAUAUUAAAGUUUUAUAUGCUAAUUAUUUAUUAUCCUGGCUCUGCUCCUAUAAUCUCUCUUUCAUGGUACUAAAAAGCCGUUGGACAAAAGUAAUUAAACUAGACACCCUGUCAGCUUAUUUUAUAGCAGCAGCAGAUGAUGUACUGUUACAUCAGAAAUUAUGAUGUGCAAUUAUUGAACUUGUGAAAUACAGUCAGUUGUAUAUACAUAUUUUUAGGAAAAUUGACAUCCCCUUUCAAGGUCCGUUUCAGACAGGGUAACAAGUUCAUGUUUAUUAUACAAAUUAUUUCCUAUAGCACUUUAUAUAUCAGUGGUGAAAUUUCAAUAUGCUUGUAAUGUGACUUUCUAUUAAAUGUACUGAUUUAUCGUGACAUAACGUAAUACACUAAACGUGACAAAUUAACAUUAAAAGACUGAGUUUAGAAUACAAACAUAAUCAGUGCUAUAAUGUUCAACAUUACAGACACUUUUUUUAAUGCAAAACUUUAUAUUUUUAUAUAAGCAGGGCUUUCCUUUGACACAUCAGCAUCUUAAAGAGAGAAAGAUGUAAGUGCAUGUGACACUCCUUUGACUGUUAGAUAUCAGUCCAUUUUGUACAAUGCGGUACACAUAGUGUGAAUUUGAUAUAAUAUAAUCAUAAAAAGCAAUAAUUGUUUGUUUUUACUUCCUUUCAUUUUCUUUAAAUUGCUUAACUUUUGCACUUGAGUGCUUUUAACUAUGACUGAUUUCAUGAAUGAUUUGCGCCGUUUUGAUCUAAGUUAUGCAAUUUUUUUCCCUCAAUGUAAUAUUUUGAAACUUCGGCAUUCAAUAAACUGAACAACAUGG